UGCUUGUGUUAUUCAGCAACUGAAACAUGAAGAACAUGGCUUCGUUAAGCUCCCUAGCUCUGCUACUUGCAGCUUUUGUUCUGUCCCCUCAAGUGCUUGCUAACUAUGAGAAGCCCCCAGUAGAAAAACCUCCUGUCUACAAGCCUCCCGUUGAGAAGCCACCUGUGUACAAACCCCCAGUUGAAAAACCACCAGUUUAUAAGCCACCAGUAGAAAAACCACCCGUUUACAAGCCACCGGUUGAAAAACCACCCGUUUACAAGCCACCGGUUGAGAAACCACCAGUUUACAAGCCCCCGGUUGAGAAACCACCAGUUUACAAACCCCCAGUUGAGAAACCACCAGUUUACAAGCCACCGUAUGGAAAGCCACCUGUGCAUGAGUCUCAAUAUGAGAAACCACCAGUGUACAAGCCCCCUGUUGAGAAGCCACCGGUGUACAAGCCCCCUGUUGAGAAGCCACCGGUGUACAAGCCUCCUGUUGAGAAGCCACCGGUGUACAAGCCCCCAGUUGAGAAACCACCGGUGUACAAGCCUCCGGUGGAGAAACCACCAGUGUACAAGCCACCAGUGGAGAAGCCACCGGUUUACAAGCCCCCAGUUGAGAAGCCACCGGUGUAUAAGCCACCAUAUGGGAAGCCACCUUACCCGAAGUACCCUCCAACUGAUAGCACCCUGCUUGCUAACUAUGAAAAACCUUACAAGCCUCCAGUUCAAAAGCCACCUGUGCACAAGCCCCCAGUAGAAAAACCACCAGUUUACAAGCCACCAGUAGAAAAACCACCGGUCUAUAAGCCACCGGUUCACAAGCCACCGGUUCACAAACCCCCAGUUGAGGAGGAAAAACCAGUUUACAAAAGCCCAGUUCAGAAACCGCCAGUGCACAAGCCACCGUAUGGGAAGCCACCAGUGCUUGAGUCACAAUACGAGAAACCACCUGUUUAUAAGUCCCCUCCAGUUUACAAACCACCAGUUUACAAGCCACCGGUUCACAAGCCACCUGUUGAGCAACCACCGGUUCACAAGCCACCAUAUGGAAAACCACCCGUGCAUGAGUCUCAAUAUAAACCUCCUCUUCAUAAGUCCCCACCAGUUCACAACCCACCACACCCUAAGUACCCUCCUGCUUCCAACUGAGGCACCCACCUGUGACGUUCAGAAUGCUGUUUUAACUAUAUGCAGAAAAUAAGAGGUGUUACCGCUACCAUUGUCAUGUUACAGUUUAGUUUACAUAUUCUCGCAAGGAUUACUCGUAGUUCUUCUUUUCAAGCAUUUCUUUGCCAUGUUAUGGCCAAGGUAAUAGUAUCAUGGAUGCAUAAUCUAGAACCGAGAAUCACUGCUUUGUACUCCAGACUAUGGAUUAUAGAACUUUAUAUUAUUAAUCA